GUCGUUUUCCGCCAUGUUGACACCGUCGGCGGUAAUCUGAAAUCCGCGCUCUGAACGGGUUGGACCUCUCCUCUGUGAAAGUGAACAAGCUUUCUCCACACCAAAGGAUUUUCACUCGGUUUCUGUAAUCAAAAGAUGUCAUACACCAAUGCCAUUGCUCUCUACGACUACAAAGCCACGCAGAAUGAAGAACUCUCCAUUAAGAAGGAUGAGAAACUGGUCAUUCUUGAUGACAGCAAAUCUUGGUGGCAUGUGGAAAAUUCAAAGCAUGAAACAGGAUAUGUCCCCUCCAACUAUGUGAAAAAGAGCAAACCUAAUGCCAAAAACUGGUUAAAAAGUUUAGGACCUGGAAAAUCGUCAAAGGAAAAUGGAGCUAUGAAUUCACCUGGUGAAUACUUUGUUCCACAGGAUGUUUUAAAUGCAUUAGAAACUGUAAUUGCUAAAUUCAGUUUCCAGCCACAACAUGAUGAUGAACUUGUAUUGAAGAAAGGUGACAGAAUAACUGUUCUUGAGAAGAAGGAAGAUGGCUGGUGGAAGGGAAAAAUCGGAAAAGAUUCAGGCUGGUUUCCAUCCAAUUAUGUACUUGCAGAAGAGAACUCAAAAGUUGCUAAAUCUAUCCCUGAUAAACCAGUACUUCACAAAGUGAGGACACUGUAUAACUUUGAUCCGAAAAAUCCUGAAGAGCUUAGUUUUAAAAAGGAUGAGAUUCUGGAUAUAAUUGAGAAACCUGAUGAUGACCCUGAGUGGUGGGUCGCAAAAAAGUCAGAUGGUUCUUCAGGACUGGUCCCUAGUAAUUAUAUCGUAAAAGUAGACAAUGAAGGCAAAAUGCCAAUGCUGAAUGCUGAGCCAGUGGCUGAAAGUAAAGAACCACGAAAAGCGAUUUUGCCUCAGCAUAAGAAACUUCCAUUUGUUGAUGAGGCAUGGUUUUGGGGGAAAAUCACCAGGGUUCAGGCUGAAAAGAUGUUGAAUAGAAAUGCAGCGGAUGGAGAUUUUCUAGUAAGAGUCAGUGAAACUCAGGAGGGAGGAUAUUCAGUGUCCAUGAAAGCUCCAGACAAAAUCAAGCAUUUUAGGGUAAAUUUUACAGAUGGAAAAUAUAAAAUUGGUCCACGAAGCUUUGACAGAGUGGAAGACUUAAUAGAACAUUACAAAAGGAAUCCCAUCUUUACAGAUGAAGCUGGUAACAAGAUGUUUUUGGUUAAACCCUUUGAGGAAGGGUCUUAGUAAUGAAGAUUUCCUUAAACAUUUCACAAAAUUUUGAACAGAGCAAGAAGCAUGAUUUCAUUUGUCUGUUGAAUAAUUGAUGUCUUUGAGACUUAACAGAGAAAACUUAUCAAUGUCUACUGUGAAAUGUCCAUUACAAAGCAGAAAUUUUCUGUAUUGAAGUGAGCAUUCACUUUACAAAAAAUGUACAAAUUAGUCUGCAAACUUUGAGAAAGGGUAUAUUGUAUACCCUAUCAAUUCUAUGGCAAGGAAUCCACAAAAAGUCUACCAAGUUGAAAUGAGCUUGGAGAGUUCAUACACAAUGGUACAAUUUGUAGACAAAGUUCAGUGACUUCUACAGGGGCUGCUAAACAUCUACUGACAGGCCAAAUCAUACUUGUGAGACAACUUUGUAACUACUUAAUGGCCAUCUGAGUUGGGACUAUUAGAUUGCAGAUGCAGCAAGAACUCUAAAUAUUUAAUAUUUACUUACAGUGACUCUGGAUUCUGACAUGCUUGAGUUUUGUGAAUGAGCAAGUUUACUUUCAAUAAUGUACAUGAGAAAAUUACUUGCUUCUGAUUGGCUUAAAAUGAGUACAUUCUCAUGUAAUACAAAUGCAAAGUUGUAUCAUAAGUGCAAAUUACAAAUAGCACAUACUUGCUUUCAAAAUUUCAUCUGUCUUGCCUUUCUGUGAUGUCUUUCCAUGCAAAUUUUUAACAAGUAAUACCAUGAUUUCUCUUGCAAUUUGGUGUGAUGAGCACUUGUAAAUUUUUCAAAGACUACAAAUUGCACAUGCCCUACAGGCCUGUGCAAUUUUGUUGUCUUCAAAAAAUUUACUCAUUCUUGGAUAGUAGUAUGUCCACAGGUACAGCAUGUAGAGAGAGCUGAGUAUGGUAAUAAUGUCACAGUAUGCUAAAAAAUUAGCAUGACAAAAAACUAGUGAAAGUGAAUUUAAGUUUGUUCUAAGUUCUAAGUGGAAUUUAGUUUUGACCUUAACUGGUCUUAAAUCAAGAUGUGAUUAAGUAAAAUUAAGAUUUAUGGGAGGUCAUUGCCUUGUAUAAGUUGUACAUAUAUUUGAAGCUCAUCGGUAUGUUAACACAGCAAGGCUCAAAUGCAGAACUGAUUUUUACUGCAUUUUAACAAGGUCCCAGUUUGUUGAAAGGAAACUCUGGGAUUGGAAGGAAAGUUAGCAAUUCGAUAAAGGUUAGUCAAUGGUCACAUGAGCUACCAAUGUCGAUAUGAAGUGAAAAGAUCAGGCCCCGAUUGUUGAAAGGUUGGAUAACGCUAUCCACAGGAUAAAACUCUAUCAGGUGGAUAAAGCUAAAUUGAUCCAUUGGGUAGCGUUAUCCGCGUUUUAAAUAACUGGGCCUAGGACAUUAACUAGCUUGUGUCCUUUUCAGCAAUUACUGUACAUUUUAGUGAAGAGUGUGUUCAAAAUUCAAAAGAUGAGGGGACUUAAGGUUUAUAAACAAUCUUUUUUGUACUCAGACAACAUAGAUUAGGAAUACUAUUAGACAAUUGUAUACUCUUUUGUAGUAAAAAAGAUAAUUUUGGUCUGGCAAUGGGAUAGUGAUCCACACUCUUUUUACAAUGAGGGUUACUUAGCACUUAACUGGAACAUCCCUUACUGAGGUGAAUAUAAUAUAGACUUAAGAAUUACUCUCCAAAAUGGUUACUACAUACUUUCUGGUUGUUUUAACCCUUAUCUCCAAGCAGUGAUUAAAGUAUAACUUCUCCCUAUAAUAUCCCAUACAUUAUUCAGUAGACAGGUAAGGAGAACAGUCAAACUUAUCAAGUAGAAGUUGCUAUAUAACACUAAAUUCUCGUAACUAGUUGUCAAGUAAUUGUGUAGCAGCCAGAAGGGAGAGUUAACAAUCGCAUCUUGGGAGUUACAGGGUAAAACAGGUGAAUGACACAAGUAGAGUGUUGUUGUCAUAGUUAUUGGUAAUCAAAUGAUUUUGUGGGCAAUAGUCCAUUUUACAGUUGUAUGCUUGGUUGCCAAGCCUUUGAACAGGAGUGAGGCUAAGGGUGACCUUGUUAUGAUACAAACCUUGCUGCUUUUGAAAUGCAAAUUAAUUUGUUAUCAUGCUAACUAGAUUCUGGUCUCUAACACAACAAGGUCACCUUCAGCCUCACUCCAAAUCAAAGGCUUGGCAACUAAGUACACAACUGUAAAAUGGCCUAUUUCACAUUUCUAUGGACUAGCAUUCCAUCCCAGACAGAAAAGGGCAAUCACACAUUCAUAUGCAUUCGAAAUUGCUUUCACAAUCAUUUGAUUACUUGAUAAAAAACACAUUCAAUUACAAUUUCCCACACUACAUUUCAAUCGUUAGGGAAUACUUGACUUCGAUGCAUACUAUUACACAAUUAUUUAUGUAAUUAACUAUACCAAAACAAUUCUUGGUUUCCUCAAGCUCUGUGAAUUCUGUUGCACUAUCUUGUGCAACUUUUUCUGUGGAUACUCGAGUGUCAUUUACUUCUCAUUACUUUCUUGUAAGGAUUUGAGCUCACUUAUCUUGUAAACUUUCCUAAACCUUUAUAUUGUGUACAGUGGGUGGUCUAUUUGAAGGACUGCAAGUUUAAUUAUGUAGGUUUAAUAAGCCGAAUGCUGUGUACAAUGUACAGUACCAAGGAAUAUACGAGAGUGAGCAAAAAUUUUUUCAAUCUUCAAAAUUUGCAUUAAUUUAUGCAUGUACUCUGUAUUUAUUCAAAAGCUUAGGUUGAAAAAAUUAGUUCUCCUUGACCAUGCAGUAUUGUUUUAAUCAGUUUUAUAAAUGGAGAGUUUUAGAAAUGUAGCAGUUAUUUCAUGCAUUAGUACUGAGCAGAUAGCUUAUGCACUAGGAAUGAUUAGACUUAAAAUGCCAGCUAAAUGACUCGUUUUUUAAGUAACAUAAUGGAAACUUUAGGAGAUAAAAGUAGUGUGAAUUAAAGUUCCUUUGAUUUGAAUCUUUGUUUAAAUGUGGUAGUUUCUUUUUUUCAGUAAAAUCAAUUGGUUUCUCUACUGUACAGAUUCCAUGCUAUUCCAGAUUUUUUUGGUGAGAUCCUCUGGGAUCAUUUUCCAUCUCUGAAUCAUGUGUAGAGCUGAUGAGUACUCUUGAUGGGUUAGUCUGAUUAUGCACGUGAGAGUAGUCUUGAGAAGCACUAUGGUUGGUAGCUGUGACUGAUAUCUUGAAAACAUAAUGACGUAACUACCAACAACAGCCUUUUCAGAACUACACUCAGCUGAUGGUUGGAGCUCACAAAUUAUUUUCCUCAAGCUUUCGGAAAACUGUUUGCCUUUUUGGAACAAAUAAUUUCUAAUAAUUUCGUUAAACAAAUUUUUUGCACUAAAUGGAGGCAAUUCUUCAUAUCUCAGACAUCAGUUUGCAGAAUUUAUCUAAAUGCAUAACCCUAGAUUGAACAUGUAGGCAGGACCUUUGGAUCAAAAAGGACACAAGUUGACUUCCAUUGGUUUUGAGCUUAACACUGUAAAACGCAUUCAUCACUAUUUAGAGUAAUUUUAUUUUAUUCAUUUUUUUCUGGCCUUUUUACUGUACAUGUAGUUCCAGAGUACCACAGUUACAUAAUAAAGCUUCCAAUUGCCUCCUCU